AUGUCAAUUCUCUAUCUAAAUCACAAUAAUUCAGAUGAUAAUAAGAUUGGUAGCAUCUCUCAUACAAAUAGUGUGAGUUUUUCACCUGAUAUUACCAAUGAUUCAUCUGAUAUUUCCUCCAUUCCAAGAUCAUGUAUCAAUUCACCAGCUCCAUCAUCUCCUGUUAUUUCAACUACGGAGUCCAAUGAUUUCCCAUCCUUGAAUAAUUUAAAAUUUGAAUCAUCUAAUUAUCUAUCGUCGGCAUUAAGAAAAACAAGCAUCGAUUCUUAUAAUCUGACUGAUGAGACAAGUGUCACCCCUUCCACUUAUGAAGAGGUUAAAUCUUCAACUGCGAUAAGCAAUUGGGUAGAAUAUUAUAACUCAAGACUUACCAAUUUAGAAGGACAUGCCAAUAUUAAACUUAUAUCAUCAAAUGAAGAUUUAUUAAUGUUAUUGAAAUUUUAUUAUCAUACUAGGUUCGAAUUACAAGAUGUUCACGGCUUGAUUUCUGAAGUGUAUGAAGGUAAAUUAUUCCCCUAUUUACAUGGAUUGAAUAGUAUAAGUCAACGAAACUUUUUCACUAAUUCAUCUACAAAUAAUGAAGAUAUCGUGAAUAAUGUAUUAAAAAAUGAAUCAAUUUUUAAUAUGAUGUUUAUCAACAGUUCUGAAGUGGCUAAUAUCGUACCUAAUUUAAUCAACACUGUUCAAUUGAAUGAUUUAUUAACACCCAAUAGAGUUCAGAGAAGAUUAUCACCCGAAAUUGAAUCCGAUUGUGAAGUUAAAGAAAUUGAAGAUAUUGAAGUUCAUAUAGAAGAAGAUGAAAUAUAUGAGAAAUAUGAAACUUUGAAUCAUAUAUGGCAAUUGGAUUCUAUAACUUGUCAUGAUAAAUUGAACAAUAGAAAUUAUAAAGAUCAAAUCAGAUUAAUGGCUCCUGUGUCUAAUUUUGUCAUCUAUAAUUAUGAUCGAAAUGAAGAUGGUUCAAUCAAGGUUGCCCAUUUAAUUGAUUCUCUUAAAAAUGAACAUAGAAAUCAAAUAAUCUAUGUGGUUGACAAAUCAAUCGAUUGGAAUUUGAUAGAUAUGGAAUACUUUGAUAAUCCUGGUGAUUAUGAUUCGAUUCUUUUUCAGAAUCAAUUAAUUCCAAAUUCAUUCGCUAUUAAAAACCCACUUGCUUCACUCAAUAUAAACUACUCAUGUAAAUUACUCAGAUAUGAACAACAAAUGAUAUGGAAGUUGAAUUCAAUGAAAAGAAUCUUGGGUGGAAGAAUCUGUUUAGGAAAUAUCAUUGAUUUCAGUAACUUUUCUGUAAACAAAUAUUCCAAUUUCAAGCUUAUCAUAAAUUGUCAUGAAAAAGCUUCAUUUCCAACUUUGAAGACAUUAAAUUCAAUUUUUGCUGAAAUAGAAAGUCCAUCACCUAAGAAUAACGUAUAUUAUUUGGAAUUCCCUUCUGCAGGAUGCUUGAAGACGUCUAACUUAUCAGGUGGAAAUAUUCUUUCCUUCUUAAAGGUACUUAAAUUGAUUGAAAUAUUUAUAACUACUUCAAGUGAAGAUAUUUUUAUUUUCUCAUAUGAUGGCUUUACUGGAUUAUCCGUAUUGGCGAUUAGUAUAAUGCAUUAUCUUAAAUUUCAUUCUAUGGAGGACUCAAUAUUAUUCUUAUUGGGAGAUCAAGAAAAGGAUAUAAAGUUAUACUACUUUAAGAACGAUAUAAUAUUCUUAAAACAAUUUGAGAAAUUUAUUGAAUAUUUGAAACGUAACCCAGAUGCAGUUUCAGAUUCAUCGGCCACUUCUAUUGAUUUUCAAAAAGUGUCUAGUCAACUAGGUUUAAGAUCAUUACAUUCUGGAUUGAAAUAUGAUUGGUUUAAAUUAAAUCAAGAUAAUAAUUUCCCCGCUAAGAUUUAUAAUAAUCUCUUUUUGGGAUCCAUAAAUCAUGCUAAUUCACUAACCAUAUUGGAUGCUAAGAAGAUUGAAAAUAUUAUAUCUAUUGGUGAAUGUCCUACAUGGUUCAAAUAUUUAAGGAAUCUGGUAUUCUUUGAUUUUGAAUUAGGUAAAAGAAGAGUCCAUCAAAGGAAUGCAGUUGUACUUGAACCAAUUUAUAGAUUUAAUCAAACUGAAUUUCAGCCAGGAGCUGCCAUUUAUGAAGUCAAUUUCGAUUGUUUGUAUCAGGACAUUCGUAAAAGUCCCAAACUUCCAAAAUACAUCAAAUCAAUGAUAUAUAUUCAUAAUUUAAAUGAUGAUGGAAAGGAUUCAAUCUUACCUUUAUUGAUGAGUGCCCCUCCAGUAAUUCAAUCCAAAAUUUUAUUAGGUACAUCUAUUUGUGUAUCUCCAACCUUGGUUCAUUGUAGAAUAGGAGUAUCUAGAUCUGCAUCAUUGGUAAUUGCUUCGGUUAUGAAGCAUUUUAGAUUAAAUUUACUUUCAAGUUACUUAUAUGUCAGAGUUCUGAGAUUCAAUAUCAUUGUUCAACCUAAUUUGAAAAUAUUUUACGAAUUGUACUUAUUCGAACAAUAUCUUGAUUUGAAACAACAAAGGAAUGGGAAGAUUUACAAUUGGGAAGUGAUGUGUCAUGAAAUAGACAAACUUAACAACCACUACAUGGGGUAG